AUGUCUGGCUACUACGAAGCUGGAACGCAGAGGCUGUCAGUUGCAAGACAUUGCCUGAGCUGGGACUGUCACAUGGCAACCAGCCAAGGCACCCCGAGUCUGUUCUUCUCUCUACCAAAUGCCGUGAAAUACCAUAUAUACGGUACGUGCGCCAUGGUCGAGCCAGCCACGGACCAGGAAAGUGUCGAACUGCCGAAGUGGGAAGGGCCAGGAACGACUCUCCGCGGCGUCAAGGCUGAUAUUGAGUUUCUAGAUGGAGGAUCCGAGCCAGUCACCCCGGCGGAGAGAAUGGCUGGUGGAUGGCUAGGUUUCAGAAGCUUAGACGUGGCUUACUGUGAUAGUUCAGCCGCUGCGCGAGGACCGUCUCGCACACCUUCCUCCUGCCAUGCUCCCCAGACAGCCACCGCCGUUGGACCAGAACGGAAGGAUGGUCGUGUUGCGCGCACGAGUAUGUGUGGGGUUGGUUCGCUGGUGAAAAUCGCUUGCCCAGAUAGGCUUGCUUCUGCAAGACUCCAUAGGCCAAGGCCAGGAAUGGGCCUUCAACGCCAACGCAAUGCAAUGCAAUGCAACUCAAAAUGGCGAUAUUGGGAAAAAGUCGGGACGCAAGGGGCAGACAAUGCAGCACUAGCAGAGCUGGGAUUGCCCGAUUGGGAUCCACCCCCUACAGAGUACUCUCCACUCGCCCUCCCGAGCGAAAGAACCGUAGCUGAUAACUGUUCUGGACAAUUAUUCCAGUGGCUUCCCCCGAGAAAGGUCGAGAAAAGAGGGAAGAAAGAUGAAUUCCUUCCCGAACGGUCGCACAGGAGACAUUGCACUGGGAUGAUGUACCUGCAGCAGGCUUUUGACUGUCCUGUUGACCUCCCGGGAGGGCAUGUAGAACAUAACCCAUUAAACACAGAUUUACGCCGACCCAACCGACCAUUCCAAACUCAAGCCUUCGCUUACUUAACUUGGACCUGUACGUACUGGAAAAUUGUGAAUGUUGAAGGCGCUGCGGAUGAAGAACUUUGGGGAAAUGGAAAGCAGUGCCGCUGCUUGUCAGAGCUUCUAUCCGGUCAGACAAACGGGAAUGGAGCCUCUAGGCUAAGGGGAGGGAAUAUCAAGGAUCCGGCUGAUCGUGGUCUUGGCAGCAUCGUCAAUGCAGUGGAUUCAAAUCUCACCGCAGGAACCCUUUUGAAGAUCUCAACGCCCUUGAAUUGUCCGGAACCUUCUCCCAAUGGGCUUCUCUCAAUGGGCGGGAUUAAGGGAUCUGUGACUGAUGAAUUGUGGCUCGCUGAGCUCGGGCCAGAACAGUCAAGGGAGGCCAUUAUUUCCGGAAGAUUGUCUGUCCGUUCCACUUUGCUUGCUCCGGAUGCUGCGACGCACGGUUUCUGGGUAGUCGUCAAGAUCAGCGGUGCAGAGUGCUUGGAUAACAGCAGUAGGGAGUGCGGGAGAUCAAGAAUAGCGAUCCUACCGGGCCAGCGACGUGUAUGCGGAGUACGCACUCCCAUUCUGUCCGCGAUAAUGCACAAAUCCCGACCUAUCCCAAAAGGAUCCCUGUUGCCCUCGGACCAGAAGCCCGACAUGUUCGACCAAGCUCAAGCUCAUGAUUCAAUAGACAAACCCUGGGGAACUGUCAGACCCGCCCACAGACACCCAUUCAUUAGCGUCGCACCGGUUAGUGGAGUUAGCAGCCAGUGGCUAAGUACGAUAUUGGUAGGCCAUUACAUUGUCAAGAACCUCCGACCGCAAUUCCUGACCGAAGGCACUGCCAUAGAUUUUGGGGGAAAGCCGGACUGUUGUCCGCAACUUCAUGGAAAGUCCAUGAUUGCUGGGAAAUUACAAGCCACAGUGAAGGUCGUCGCUCAACCCAUCAUCUGGAUAGAGUGUUUCGCGGCCAAAGGGGGGGAAGCAAACAACGUGUCCGACCGAUUGACUUGUCCGGCUGGUGGUUCUUUUUCGCAUGGGAGUAACGGGGUUCAUGCCCAGAGAAUCGAAGCAUUGGCUGACGCGUGA